UUGCACGAAUACCAAGUUGUCGGCCGAAAACUACCAAGCGAGAAAGAAAAAGUGCCUCGACUAUACAGGCUGAGACUUUUCGCGCCAAACGAGGUGGUGGCAAAAAGUCGGUUUUGGUAUUUCCUGAAGAAACUUAGAAAAGUUAAAAAGGCUGCUGGCGAAUUGGUUUCGAUAAAUGAGAUUUUUGAAAAGAAACCGCUGCAGAUUAAAAAUUACGGCAUAUGGCUUCGUUACGACUCGAGAUCUGGUACACAUAAUAUGUAUAAAGAAUACAGAGAAUUGACAAGAACUGACGCCGUUGAAGCAUGCUAUCAAGACAUGGCAGCUCGUCACCGUGCUCGUUUCUCAUCAAUCCAAAUUAUCCGUGUUGCAGAAUUGAGUACAGAUAAAGUACGUCGUCCUUACAUCAAACAACUGUUGGUGCCUGGUCUCCGAUUUCCGCUUCCGCAUCGUGUUGUCCGUGGCAACAAGAAAUCCACAUUCCUUGCAAAACGUCCUUCAACCUUCUAUUAA